AUGGAAGGAGCUGAAUGGUUGCAACACAAUCAAAUCAAUUUUGAAUCAUUUAGAGUUAGGGUUCGACCCAGUCACCCGUUUCAAAGCACUGGGAUAUUGGAAUUUAUUACAAUUCUUCAGCGAGAACCUGUGAAGAACCAGGAUGGAAACUUAAAAUUUAUUGGUUCAAAAGAUAAACGUGUGAUGGACUUCCUUUAA